CGUUUAAAGCGAGUCUCUGAAAGUGUUUGAAUGGAGGACUAGUACUGGUCGAGACGCAUGCUGUUGACUGUGUUGUGGGAGUAUCCUGUCAUUUUGUAAUUGUAUGUCGCUCAGCAUUUGACCGAGUGUUUCAGUACAUGGUGAGCCACAUUUGCAUUCAGAGGAACAUCCGCCGUCGCUCCAGGUCACGUCGUAAAAUGGUGAAAGGAAAGAGAAGAACUAACCGCAACAGCAAAGAUGAAAAUGCCGUAAUUGGUCAGUUGGAUGGACCCAAGGGACCAAAAGACUCCAGGUUAGAGACAAGAAUAGUGAAUGGUUCCAUCGUAGGAAACAAGAUGUCUUCUGGAGCUACCCACACUGACAGCAAGAUUACCAACUAUUUUUCUCCCUCAAGAUCUCCUCCAGUUGCUGAUGAUGCAGAAACAGAAGGUGCCACUGUACUUGAAGGGGAGUGUGGGAAAGAUCCUGAGCUUAGCGAUGCCCAGCUCAGUCGCCCCCUCCCACCUUCUGGCUCCACCAUUCAAACCAAGGUUGUGGUCAUUAAUGGUCACAUUGGAACAGCACAAACUAAACCUCUGCCAAAUGCAGCUCCUAAGCGGACUGUUUGCACACGAAGCCAGGCACUAAAGGAAUUGCAGCUUCAGUCAUCCACUGCUGCUCUUAGUAAUGGUGUUAAAUCCUCCAACUCUUCAAGUAGUAACUUAUCCUCUCAAUGUUCUGUUAGUAUUGCCACACCCUCUGCCAGUUCUGAAAUGCCUACAACAGUGUCAACCCCCACCACUCCUACCUCAUCCACUUCACUGGCAACAGAUGAUUGCUCUAGCCCUCAUACAGGACCACCAACUCCCCACAAAAUCCAGGCCCUAAAUGAGGAAAAAUUACGGCUUGACUCACCACUUUCACCCACCUCAGCUCUUUCAAAACUCAAGUUGUCACUCACGCCAAAGAAACUUAAGUUCAAUGAUAAAACAACCAAGACAAGAAGAAAGCUUCCUACGCAAAAUGUUACCCGAGGAACUUCACAGCCCAAGACAGAAAAAGUAUCAAAAGUAAAUAGCCCAGCACAAAUGUCAAAUGGGGAAACUAAGCCCACUCAACGAAAUACUCAGAUGAGUGAAUUCUUUCCCAUACGUAGAUCAGAACGAAAGCCAAAGACAACACUUUUACAAGAACGUCAAAAGGAAAUUGAAGAAAGGAUAUGUAGUGGCAAAGAAGAAGGUUUGAUGGUAAAGCACUUUGGAGCCAAAGGACGUGGGGUGGUAACUACAAGGAAGUUCAAGAAGGGAGAAUUUGUUGUUGAGUAUAUUGGAGAUCUUAUUGAUGUAAGGGAAGCAAAAGAAAGAGAGUCAAGAUAUGCACAAGAUGCCACUAAAGGUUGCUACAACUAUUAUUUUACUUUCCAAAAUCAGCAAUAUUGUAUUGAUGCCACAGCUGAGAGUGGAUUUUUAGGAAGGUUGGUGAAUCACAGCCGCAAUGGUAAUCUUGUUACAAAAGCAGUGGAAGUCAACGGCAGACCUCACUUAAUCCUUUUAGCAAAACAAGAUCUAGACCUUGGAACAGAGAUCCUUUAUGAUUAUGGAGAUCGCUCUAAAGAGGCCUUGGAACAUCAUCCAUGGUUAGCAUCAUGAUUAUUUGUCUUGACCCAUAUUUACCAUGAGGCUCACUGGGGUAUGAUUUAACAGUAAGGGAACCAAGAAUGUCAGGGAUAACUUGAGAGGUCAGUAUUAUAUGCUUUAAGUGCAGGAAUUUUUUUUGGAGAGAUUUUUUCCAAAGGUGGCAUUGAAAAUUAAACCUUUGAAUUAUAUAUAUACAUGAAAAAUUCACAGGUGUCAUAUUUAUUUAUAAAUAAUAAUCCUAAAUACAAGAUUUUUAGGACAAUGAAUACUUGUAAGGACUUGUAUCUGUAUUCCUAUUCUGGCCUUAAGCCUAGCUCUAGCUUACCCCAUUGACCCUCUCGAUCUGUGAUGUGUGUCAUCCCUUUGACUCAUUGGUUACAUUAUAUGGUAUGAAUAUUGAAUUUUGAACAAAAACAAAAAUACAAAAACAAAGUUUCACUAUACUCUUACAACAAACAUGUUUCACAUUUGCUUUACACACACAGCAAAGAAAAAACUAAGGCUUGGUACAGAAACACUUGACACAUGAGGUGUAUUUAUUGUAUUAUUUUUUCCUGUGUUUAAUGGUCAUGUGUGUCAUCUGCAUAGUUAUUACAACUAAGAUUAACAGUAUUGCAGCUUAUCAGAAUAAAUCUUUGAGAGGAGAAGAGAAACAAGAGGAUUAUUGGAGAGGAAAAAUGCUUGUGUAUCACAUUAUAGAUUGCCAUAAUUUUAUUAUUUCUGGGAUAGUACUUAUUAUCUUUAUAGUUUAGCUGUAUCAUUGCUGGUUAUUGUUCUGGAACGUAUUAUUCGGAACCAAACCAUUGUUAUUAUUAUUAUUAUUUUUUUAUUAUUAUUAUUAUUAUUAAUAUUAAUAUUUUUAUCAUAAUUAUAGGUUAUCCAAUUACUAUAUUUUUAAAUGGUCAAAGUAUUAGUGCAGAGACCAGGUCAAGUAACUGAGACCACUGAUCUCACUUUCCAUUAUGUAGAAUGCAUCUUACUUCAAUAAAGGUCCAGUGGAUAUUAGUUUUAUGUACAUGUUUAUUACAGAAUGAGUGAUGUCUCAUAGGUUUUAGAUUAGUUUUUUUGUUUUGUUCAUUUAACUACUACAUAGAUUUCCUGCAGACUUGAAUGCAAUUUUUUAUCUUGUUAUUUUUAAGCACCUGAUUAACUUUUAAGGUUAUCAUAUCUGUGUUGCUAACUUGUAAGGAAUCAAAAUUUGAGAUUUAACAUCAAGUGAUUUAAUAAUAAUUGAGUAGAAAGACCAUUAAAAAGAAACUUUAUAUCUUAUUAUGCUUAAAUACUCAGCCCAUCAAAAAAUUAUAUAAUUGUAUAUUCCUUCUGAAGUUUGUCUGGGAAGUAACAACAUUGAAACUGUUAUAUUGAAGUAAUGCAUUAAUUGGGUGCAAAAAUAUGUUGGUACACCAUAACUUUUCAAAUAACAAAGAAAUCUUUAUGAAAGACAUAAUUAAUCAUUGAAGUGUAGUCAAAUUGAAGCUGAAGUAAAGAAGUGCACAUCUUAGCUGGUUUCUUGCAUGUAAGCUUUAUGUUUACAUAUGCACAAAGGAAUUGUAUUAUAGAUUCAGUGUAAUGAUAAGACCAUGUUUUAUGUAAUGGCAGCAUUGCAAUCUCAGGAUGGAAAUAUUAUACAGUGGCUGCCUGUCAGUGUUCCAAGCAUCCUCUGUAUGUAGACCUGUGCCUUUUAGGGGACACUGAUAGUGCACUGAAUGCAGGUGUGUAUCUGGUUAGUCUGACAAAUUUUGUGGAAACUAUGUAUUCCUAAUGUCUUCACUAUCAAGUAAUAUAUUUGAUCAUGGAUUUAACAAUUCUUGAAAUCCUAAUGGCCAAUAUUAUUUUUGUAAGAAGAAAACAGAGUUGCAUUGGAAAUGGUUAAAAAUCAUAAAAGCUGCUUAUCAUAGUAUAUAUUCUGCUUUUGUUUUUAGGUCUUCAUUAGUACAAAGCCAUAGGAAAAUAAAUUUAAUUUCAAGAGGCAUGACACAAAUGGUAAAAAGAAAAUAUGCAUUAUUAUUAUUAUUAUUAUUAUUAUUAUUAUUAUUAUUAUUAUAUACUAUUGAUGGAAUUUUAGAAGUGUAUUAAUUCAAGCCUCUGAAAUUUAUGAUAAGAUCUCACAUCUAAUAGGUAAUUGGUACCAAAGAACACUCCUUAGAAGCAAAUUUGUUUGAUGUAAAUAUACAAGUGUGAAGAUGAAUUAUAGGUAAAAAAUUGGACCAAACAAAACCAUAUUUAUGUAGAUUAUUAGUGAUGAUUUAAGCUAUGUUCAUGAUACAUUAUAAUAUAAAACAUAAUGAAGGAAAAUUAAGGUUAUCAUUUGUGUCUUAUGAAGUAUGUGUAUGGGUUAGAUCAGUGGCUCCCAAACUUUUCGUGAGGGAGUACCACUUGGAGAUCCUGUACAGUCCCAAUGUACCACCUUGUUCUAGUAAAACUAAAUUUCAGCAAA